AUGUCUGCACCGAGAACGAAAAACCCCAUCCCUGACUGGAUCGAGGUCCCUUACCCGCAUGUUGAGCACAGUCUUGUAACCUUCCCAAGAAAGCACGUUCUGCUAGUCACAAUCAAUCGCCCCGAGAACCGCAAUUGCCUGCCCGUGGAAGCCACAAUCGAGCUCGGUGCGCUCUGGAAGUGGUACGACUCCGAGCCCGAGCUGCGAUGUGCCGUCUUCACAGGCGCCGGCGACAAGGCCUUUUGCGCGGGCAUGGACCUCAAGCAGCGUCUGGACAUCCUGAACACGGGGAAUGUAGCCCAUGAAUACCCCAGUGGCGGGUUCGGAGGCAUGUCGAAUCGUACGGGGAAGAAGCCCAUCGUGAUCGCUUGCAAUGGGCACGCCCACGGAGGCGGGUUUGAGAUCGUCCUCAACGCAGAUGUCAUCUUUGCCUCGCCCAAUGCCACAUUCCGACUCCCCGAGGUGCUUCGAGGCGUUUCCGCCCUCGCUGGCGCUCUCCCCCGUUCCAUGAUGCUGUUCGGCAACCAUCGAACAAUGGACCUGAUCCUCACCGGCCGAGUACUCGAAGCCCAAGAGGCACUACAAUGGGGGCUCCUGAAGGAAAUCGUCCCGCAGGAGAAGCUCCUCGAGAGGGCGCUGGAUUAUGCCAGUGAGAUCGCAAGCCUGAGCCCGGACAGCGUCAUCAUCUCGCGUCUGGCAGCCAGAGAAGCCUGGGAGACGGGCGUGAGCAGGGCCACGAUGCGAGGACAGGAGCUGUGGGCAGAGGGUAUGCUACGGAGCCAAAACGCACAGGAGGGAUUGGCCGCGUAUCGAGAGAAGAGAGAGCCCAAAUGGUUUCCAUCACAUCUGUAG